AAUCAAGUGGUCAUUUCCAUUUUCCACCGUUCUCUUUCUUUCCUCAUUGGAUCUCUUCGGAAACGCUUGAAACAAUUUCAUUCCCCUUUUUUUUUCCCUAAUGCGAAAGUUCCAGGUCGGGGCAUGCCCGCAGGUCGCAGCCAUACCUCCGCCUCGAUGAUUUCCACUUACCUAACUCUUACCUCUCUGUUCCUUUACAUCGCCUUCGUCUCUGGAUGCCUCCCCGACGAGAGAUCGGCGCUGCUACAACUAAAGAAGGGUUUCUCUUUCUCAAAGUUGGAAUCUUGGCAGCCAAACACGAACUGCUGUCAAUGGCGCGGCGUCCUUUGCGAUGGUGGUUCGAGUAAUGUCGUCCAUCUCGACCUCAGCUCUCAGAACAUAUCGGGUAGUAUUAAUUCGAGCCUCUUCAAUCUCUCUUCUUUACGUGUUCUGAACCUCGCCUUCAACCUGUUUUACGGGAAUCCGAUUCCAAGUUCUGGAUGGGAAAAGCUUGGGAAUCUCACACAUCUGAAUCUUUCAAACUCGGGAUUCCAGGGGCAAGUACCCAUCGGCAUCUCUCGUCUCAACAAUUUGGUUUCUUUGGAUCUGUCUUCGUAUGGAGAUGCUGGUAUGUCUUCAUUGCUCGAGCUCAGAAACCCAGAUUUCGAAACGCUUCUUCAAGGGAUUAGUAAUUUGAGGGUGCUUUAUCUUGAUGGUGUGAACAUUUCUGCCAGUGGAGAGGAAUGGUGUGGAGCUUUGGCUAGAUCGACUCCCGAACUGCAAGAGCUGAGCUUGGAAGCCUGUUCACUCUCUGGCGGCAUUGGAAUUUCCUUAUCCAAGCUCCCGUCUUUGUCCGUUAUUGACCUUGAAGGGAACAGUUUGAACACCACUGUGCCUGAUUUCUUCGUUAAUUUUACUUCUUUAUCUGUGCUUCGGCUAGGUUACUGCGGGCUUGAAGGUUUUUUCCCCAAAGACAUAUUUCAGCUGAAGAAUUUGACGAUUGUUGAUGUCUCCAUUAAUCCAAUGCUUUCCGGAUCCCUCCCAGAUUUCACCAUGGAAAGCGCUCUGGAAAGUUUGGUGCUUUCUCACUCAAAUUUUUCUGGGCUUUUACCUGAUACCAUUGGCAAUCUCAAGUCUUUGAAAAUACUAGAUCUUUCAAACUGUCAUUUCUAUGGGAAAAUACCAUAUUCAAUUUGGAACUUGACUCAGCUCAUGAGGUUGGACCUCUCCUCCAAUAAUUUGACUGGUCUGAUUCCAUCUUUCCAGUCACCUUCAUCAGUUGUUGAGAUAAUAAUAGCACAAAAUCAAAUAUCAGGCCCAACUCCUACAGCUUAUGAAGCUAGAGGUUUUCAAAAACUUACAGAAUUUGUUCUGCAUAGUAACUCGCUUUCCGGACCAAUCCCUGAAACUCUUUUUAAUCUACCUCAAUUGCAGACAUUGCUGCUUUGGCAGAACCAUCUCUCUGGCCAACUACCUGAGUUUUCUGAGGCUUCUUUGUUGAAUAAUAUUGAUCUCAGCAAUAAUCAGCUCCAAGGAAAGAUCCCAAUGUCACUUUUUCGGGUGUCCGGACUUAAAAUUCUCUCACUUGCGAAUAAUUACUUCACUGGAUUUUUCCAGCUGAACUCCAUCUUGGUUCUCAAGAACCUGUCAUAUCUUGAUUUAUCUGAUAGUGGAUUGUCCUGUCUUGAAGAAGAUGACAGCUCUUCCUUUUCUUCGUUUCCCAAGAUAGCCACCUUGAAAUUGGUAGGAUGCAAUCUAACCAAGAUACCACUUUUCUUGAUGUUCCAAGAUCAAAUUACCGCACUGGAUCUUUCCAACAACAGUAUUACUGGUAAUAUACCCAGAUGGAUUUGGAGUGUUGGGAAAGGAAACCUCAUUAACUUGAAUCUCUCUUGCAACUUUUUCACUUCUGUUGAAGGGCCUUCUUUUAAUUUCUCCAUAGCUUCUUCAAUGGUGCUUGAUCUUCACUCAAACAAGCUUCAAGGACCAAUUCCUCUUCCCCCGCCUAAUCCCAUUGUUCUUGAUUACUCAGAUAACAAAUUCUCAUCUUCCAUCCCUAACAACCUUUCCUUAUACUUGAACUUCACUUUGUUUCUAUCCCUUGCAAGAAACAAUCUCAGUGGAGAAAUCCCCUAUUCACUCUGCAAUGCAACUUUUCUCUCUGUUCUUGACUUAUCCAACAAUGGCUUAACUGGUGCAAUUCCACCAUGUCUUAUGGGAAAUGGAAUGGACCUGAAUGUUCUAAAUCUUAGAAUGAACCAGCUUCAAGGAUCUAUCCCUCAACAAAUUAGAGAAAAAUGUAAUUUUCAGACUAUAAAUCUCAAUGGCAAUCGCUUAGAGGGUCGUCUUCCUCGUUCUCUUGUCAAUUGUCAUUCACUUGAAGUUCUAGACCUGGGGAACAAUGAAUUAACAGACACAUUUCCUAAUUGGUUGGGAAAUAUUUCUUCGCUUCUUAUCCUGAUACUACGAUCCAAUAAACUCUAUGGACCAGUCAGCCUUCCAACAAAUAUUCAUGGAAAAAAUUUCAGCUUUCAAGAGCUACAAAUCUUUGACAUCUCAUCUAAUAACUUCAGUGGUAAUUUAUGUGCAGAAUGUUUUUGCAAUUUUAAGGCAAUGAUGAGUAGUAACAAAGAUUCAGUGCAGUCAGCUGUUGGCUUUUACUAUUUCAAGUUCAACACAAACUACUAUCAUGAUAUGAUAACUAUCACGAUCAAAGGAUUUCAGAUGAACUUGCAAAAGAUUCUGAAUAUCUACAAAUCCAUCGAUUUCUCAAACAAUAAUUUCGAUGGAGAGAUCCCUGCAUCGAUUGGAAACCUUGAUUCUCUGUAUUUACUCAACUUAUCAAGAAAUGCUUUAAAAGGUCCAAUUCCUCGUCAGCUCGGUUAUCUGACACAACUCGAAUCGCUCGAUCUCUCCGAAAACCAUCUUGAUGGUGAAAUCCCUAUGGAACUGACUAAUUUAACAUUCCUUUCUGUUUUGAAUCUUGCCUACAACAACCUAGUUGGAACAAUUCCUGAAGGCGGCCAGUUUCCAACUUUCUCAAACGCUUCAUUUGAAGGAAAUGAGGAUUUAUGUGGAAAUCCUCUAACAAUUCCGUGCAGAAAACCAAAUGCAGAAUCUCCUUCAGCAUCAAAUAAACCAGUUAGUAGAGUUUCAACUGAACCCAGCUGGGAAUACAUAUUUACAGGUAUGGGAUUUGGAGGAGGUUUAGCCAUGCUUAUUGGAUCAUUAAUGGUGUGGGAAGAAGGAAGAAAAUGGCAUUAUAACUGGAUUGAUGAUAUGCUAGAGACCCUUGCUCCAUUUUCCAGGCUUCGAAAUACCUGUGGAGAUGGUAGAGUUAGUGAUGUGGAAGGAAGGGAAGAUGGCUAUGAGGAGAUGAUUGAUGCAGGAACAAGAAGAAAAUUUUGUGUUUACUGUACAAAGUUAGUUUUCUUUGAAGAUGUAAUGAAAAUACAAUAUAUAAGCUGUGAAUGUCACUUAGAUGAGAGGUAACAAGUCUUUUUCUAGCAAUUUGUACAUAGUUGUGUUAUAGAAGAAAUAAAUCUGGGCCCUUAAAUAUAUCAAAGAGUUAGUGCAAGGAAGAAAAGAAUCAUUGUUUUUUGCCAUUUCUAACUAUUUGUGAGCUUUGCA